AAUGGAAAACAACAAAAAUGCAAAAACAAAUAGUGUUCUGAAAGUACGUGGUAUCACUUUAACAGCAGAUGUCUGUAAAAUUUUGCACUUUGACACUUUCAAGGAAAGCGUACUUAAAUAUGCAAAGGGGGGAAACGAAGAUGAGGAAGAGUAUGAAUUGGAUAGAGGAGAAAUUAUGAUUGAAAAUCUAAAUUUUAUACGGCGGAAUGUGAAAGAUGGUAUAGUUUACUCAACUAAGAUGAGAAAAAUAUAUAGACCAAUGAUACAAAAGGGGAUAAUUUCAAAAAAGCUCAAAAUUGUAAAUUUUGGACAAAAAUAA